AGGAUUGAACAGACCCAGCUGGAGACACAAGGAUAUCUGCACAAAACAACAGACACACCCUCCACAAUGCCUCUCUUGGACAUAUUGAGAAACAUAGCGAAUGAACUGGAUGGUGAUGAUGAUGAUGACUUCUCUGGGACAGUUGAACCAUAUAGCCUCUUUUGUGCCAGAGACGAUGUGACUUUGAUGGAGAAGGCCAUCAAAACUGAAGGCGGGGGGGCCAUUGCUAUCAUCGAUCUUCUGCUGAAGAGAAACUGUGAGCAGCGUCAGAUGGUCAAGAAAGCCUAUCAGGAGAGCUCCGGGACGGCUCUGGACAAAGAUUUGGUGGCCGUCUUGUCAGGUGAAAUGAAGGAUUUAGCGCUGGCGUUGCUGAUGACUCCGGUGCAGUACGAUGCAUUCCUGCUCAGGGAAGCUAUGGAAGGUUGGGGCACAGACGAAGAGAUCCUGACUGAGAUCCUGGUAUCAAGAACCAAUGACGAGAUCAGAGAGAUCAAAAAAGUCUACAAAGAAGAGUACCAGAGGGAUCUGGAAACGGACUUGGACAAGGAAAACAGAGGGCACUACCAGGAUGCUCUGCUCAACCUCUGCAAGGGCACCAGGAGUGAGGAACAACAUGCAGACAAAGACCUGGCAGACAGCGAUGCACAAACUCUGUUCAAUUCUGGGGAAGACCGAGCAGGAACAAACGACACUGUCUUCAUCCACAUUUUCACAACCAGGAGCAAUGCAGAACUCCGAAAAAUAUUUCAGAGGUAUUCAAAGCACGGUGAUGGCGAGAUGGCAGAAGUGCUGGAGGACGAGCUGAGUGGUGACGUAGAGGACUGUCUGAUAGCAAUCGCAAAAUGCGCCAUGAAUAAACCUUCAUUCUUCGCGGAGAAACUCCACUCCGCCAUGGAGGGGUAUGGAACGCGGACCAAAACGCUGAUCCGGGUGCUGGUGACUCGGGCUGAGCGGGACCUGAAGAAGGUCAUGAAGGAGUACAAGAAGAUGUAUGAGAAGUCCCUGCAGCAGGACAUCCUGGCUGAAUCUGAAGGUGAUUUCGAGACUGCCCUGCUGACACUGUGUGGAAAAGACGACUGAGAUGUUCAAGCAGGAGCUGAGACACGAUCACAUUCAUAUGUUAAUAUUCAUAUUUACAGUCAGUUAGUAUCAUAUUCCUGUCUUCCUAUUGAGGUGGGUUGUUGUGCUUAUAGAUAUACAGGCAGAACUGUGCUAAAUUGUCCACAGUGGCUAUAGAGAUUUUCUUUCCAGCCUAACCAUUGGCCAGGUAAAAUUAAUUAAUUACAAAUAGCGUAAGUUAAAAGCUGAUACAGGUAUACAUAAAGUGUUUUGUGUUAAAGGUAAAAAGCUUACUGGGAUGUGUUCUUAUGAAACCAGAGUGGAGUGACCCAGGUUUGGGGGCAUGGGGGCAGUACAAAUACUCUUUGUGGAAAUAAAACGAUGUUCUCCGGAA